GAAAAAUCCGACAGCGGACUGAAGCUACGUACGAUUGAGGACAAGUCUAUCAACAAAAUCCGUCUUCAUCCUUUUUCUAUCAGCGAGUAAUGACUCCAGAUUUACGGGGAACAUAAACUGCGCGUUCCACACUAUCGGAUGAUAUAGAUAUUAUCGGUGUUCGUUUCUGCAGAAGAUAGAAAAGGGAUGGUGAAAAUUGUAUUGUUACGGAAGAACUGGGAUUCUGGGGGACGGGGGAGUGUGAAUUAGUGGGGGGUGUAAAGCUGUUUUAGGAAGGUGGAAAUAUUUGCAAAGUGUACGGCCAUAAACGGUUAUAAGUCGGACAUUUGGAUAAAAAAACGUUCAUUAUAAAGUCGAAACGACGCAACAGACAUAAGGUUAGGUAACGUUAAUAUCGAGAUGGAGUUGAGAGUAGGGAACAGAUAUAGACUGGGCAGAAAAAUUGGAAGUGGAUCUUUCGGUGACAUCUACUUGGGCACAGAUAUCUCAGUUGGUGAGGAGGUUGCCAUUAAGUUGGAAUGCGUGAAGACCAAACACCCCCAGCUCCACAUUGAGAGCAAGAUCUACAAGAUGAUGCAAGGAGGAGUGGGCAUCCCGACAAUAAAGUGGUGUGGAGCAGAAGGAGACUACAAUGUGAUGGUGAUGGAGCUGCUGGGACCCAGCCUGGAGGAUCUCUUCAACUUCUGCUCCCGUAAAUUCAGCCUGAAGACGGUCCUGCUGCUCGCAGAUCAGAUGAUCAGUCGCAUUGAGUACAUUCACUCCAAGAACUUCAUCCACAGAGACGUGAAGCCUGAUAACUUCCUGAUGGGACUGGGCAAAAAGGGCAACCUCGUCUACAUCAUCGACUUUGGAUUGGCCAAAAAAUACCGUGAUGCUCGAACGCACCAGCACAUUCCAUACCGUGAGAACAAGAACCUGACUGGAACAGCUCGCUACGCCUCCAUCAACACACAUCUGGGGAUUGAGCAGUCGAGGCGUGAUGACCUGGAGUCUUUGGGCUACGUCCUCAUGUAUUUCAACCUGGGCUCACUGCCUUGGCAAGGCCUCAAGGCUGCCACCAAGAGGCAAAAGUAUGAACGAAUCAGUGAGAAGAAAAUGUCCACCCCUAUCGAAGUGCUCUGCAAAGGAUAUCCCUCCGAGUUUGCCACCUAUUUGAACUUCUGCCGCUCCCUGCGGUUCGACGACAAGCCGGACUAUUCGUACCUGCGACAACUCUUCAGGAACUUGUUCCACAGACAGGGCUUCUCUUAUGACUACGUGUUUGACUGGAACAUGCUCAAGUUUGGAGCCAAUCGUGCCGCAGAGGACGCAGAGCGAGAGCGCAGAGACCGGGAGGACAGGCUGAGACACGGCAGGAAUCCAGGGGCCAGAGGGAUACCUGCUGCAUCAGGUAGACCACGAGGAACACAGGAUGGAGCCCCGCCCACCCCACUCACACCCACCUCACACACAGCAAACACAUCUCCACGACAAGUGUCUGGCAUGGAGCGUGAACGAAAGGUCAGCAUGCGACUGCACCGUGGUGCUCCCGUCAACGUGUCCUCCUCAGAUCUGACAGGACGGCAGGACACGUCCCGCAUGUCCACCUCACAGAAUAGCAUUCCCUACGAGCAUCACGCCAAGUAGACGCUCGUCACGUCCUUGUGUGACAGCGGCAACAUCGGAUGGUGUCCGGUGUCCCGCCGCCUGCUGGCGUCCAUCUUCUCGCUCCACGAUGAGCUCCCACAAUGCAACGAGGCGGACAAAGGCCUGAAGUGAUCUGACAUACUGAAACUACCACUCUGAAUUUCUACAUCUCUGAUUGGAAGCCAGCUUCUGAUUGGGCUCAAAGUGCUCUCUGACUUCCUCCCCUCUGUCUCUCUCCUCCUCACUCCUCGUGUGUCUGUGCGUCGCUCCGUGGUCGGACCUGGAGCUGUUCUCUGUCCACUUUUUCAGGACACAGUCGCACAACUCUCCUCAUGCUUUUUCCAGGACGAACAUGAGGGCCUGGUAGUCUUUUAUAGGACACUGACUGACUGAUGAAACAACAACACGGGCUUCUUUGUCCUCUGGAAACUUUAUGAUCCAACAUUUCCACCAUCACUGUCAACUUCAAACAACCCUUUUUUUUUUCCAUUUUGCUUUCCUUUCCAGUAAGAUGUAACCAGCAGCUUCUCAUUGUGUAUAUAUGUACGGGUAGUUUUUGGGGUUUGAUGCUUUUCAUUUGUAUUUGCUGUUUUCAUUCCCUCCUCCUAAAAGUACCAGCCACUAUUCUUUUCUUUUUUUUCCUUUUUCUUUUUUCUUUUUUUUUUUCUUUUUUUUUUUUUAUAACCACCACUGAAGGCUCUGGUCGGUGACUCUGCAGCUGUUUGUAAGAAACAAAAAGAAAAUUCUUCUUUGCAUGUUUUGGAGCCUUUGGCGUCAGAUGUGGAGGCUUGAGCCACUUUGGACCCGUCAUCGUACCAAACAUGUUUGGUAUCUGGGUUCAGGUUUUGUUUUCACUCAUCAGUCGACAGGAUGUUUUGUCUUUUCGGCUCCAGAUGUGCUCUGUCCAGUUAGCCCUGCCCCCUUUUUUAGUGUUCGGUACAAACAAAGUGCACUUUAUGAGGGGGCAAGGGCAUCAUCUGACACAUUUUGACCAGAUGUCCAUUCAACGUGUACAGAUAAACAUAAAAAUUUUUCAUACUUGUAUUAUUUGGAAGCUGUGAAUUAACUUGUAAUAUUGAUGUGUAAAUGUGUUCUCAUAUUUUCUUGUUUCAUUGACCUGCAGCGAUGAACCCAGAGCUUCUGCAGGUCCGUCUUUAGUGUCGUGUUCUCCCUCCUCAGAGCCGUGGAGACGUCACAGACGUGUUGCACUGAAUGUGAAGAAGUUUUGUACAACACGCUGUCCUGUCACUGCUCCAGCUCUAUGAAUGAAAGGAUCUGUGAUCCUACACCAACAGAAAAACCUUUUUUUUGUUGUUGUUGACUGCAGGAAACUUGACCCUCUUUCCUCCCUGAGCUUCUCCAGCAGCGCCAUUUUUGGGGUUUUCUAUCUGACUCGACUCGUCUGACACUAAUACUAACCCUCCUGUCAGAAUGUCACGGCCCUGUUGUAAUUCAUUUUUUUGCUGCGGCUCGUUCUCUUUCAUAGUUUUGAUUUUGACCCUGGACCUCUUUGGUCAGGCACUCUACACCUAUUGAAUUAUGUAAGCAACAAGAUCAGCAAGAUUUACUUUGACACAUUUAUAUUUGCCACUGUAUUUGUGUACUUAAACUGUAAAUAAAUGAAU